GGUUUCCAUGGAUACUUGCUUUCCAAUAUUGAAACACUUUUGUGUGAAAAUUUUGAAAAGUGCUUUUGAUUUUCAAAUAUGGUAACUUUAACUAAAGUCUUUGGAUGUGCUGCAUUGGCAUGGGUUGGAAGCGGUAUUGCUGUCCGCCUGUACCAGAGCAUGAGGAGGAGAAAGAGGGCUAGGGUUGUUGAUGAUGAGAUUGUUGAAUACAGGGAGCCAGGUCAGUACCUGUUUGACAACAAUUAUAACUUGACUCUGUUUGGUCACUUGGUCCUCACCAUGGAAGAGAAAAGUUUGCUUUAUAAGUAUGUUUCUUGCGAAAAACUCUUUCAACGAUUUGGAUGUUGGGACGUUGUCAUUGCUGAGUUGAACAUGCUGAACGCAGUACUUGAGAAGUUACAUGACAAGUAUGAUGUCAAAGAUAUGUCAAAAGUUGCCAGCAUUGUUAAAGCAAAAUUGACCGAAUUGUCAUUCAAGGUUGACCAAAACCAAAAUGUAUGAAUGAUUUGUGGCAGUGAGAGUCGUGGUGUGUGCUCAGUGGGUAGAUAGCUACAUUUUAUGGGAAUAAUCGAUCAAUUUUAAAGCAUGUUAUGAUGAUCUAAAACUGGUGUUUGGAAUACUGUGUAGCCAGUGUAAAGUUGCUUUACUUGAUGGACUCCCAAGAAAACAAAUGUAGCUAUUGAAGCCAAGUCAUCAGCAAGUUUUGUCUCUAAGUAUUGUUUUAAUGAAGGCAGAGGUGAUAAUUGCUAUGCAUGAUACAACACUGAUUGACUGAUUGAUUCAACUGAAGAAGAACCAUGGUUGUUUUUGUGUGUUGAAAUUAGAGGAAUGGUGUGUGAAAGUUCUAGACAGGUGAGAUGUUUGAUGGUUUCAAUUUUUGCAUGUACCUAGUGAAGAUGGAGUAUAGCACCAUGGCUUUUAACUUGGCAGAAUGUUUGAUGGUUUCAAUUUUUGCCUGUAUCUAUUGAAGAUUGUGUAUGCACGGCAUGAAAGCAUCGUGACUUUUAACUUGGCAGAGUGUUUGAUGGUUUCAAUUUUUGCCUGUACCUAGAGAAGAAGGAGUAUAGCAUCAUGGCUUUUAACUUGGCAGAAUGUUUGAUGAUUUCAAUUUUUGCCUGUAUCUAGAGAAGAAGGAGUAUAGCAUCAUGGCUUUUAACUUGGCAGAAUGUUUGAUGGUUUCAAUUUUUGCCUGUUACUAGUGAAGAUUGUGUAUGCACAGCAUGAAAGCAUUGCGACUUUUAACUUGGCAGAAUGUUUGAUGGUUUCAAUUUUUGCCUGUACCU